CACCAUGAAACUUGUACCUUUAGAUAAUAUCUACAUAUCUAGCCUGUUGUGGCUUCAAUUCACAUAAAAAACAAAAAACAAUAUUUUGGUUUGAAUAAAAUCUUGGUCUUUUUUUGUGUGUUCUUACAAGUAAAGGCUGUUUAAGUUUUCUAUGGAGGCUAAGUAUACAUCAUUUCAAGUAAAUGAUCAUCAACCUUCAGGUUUUGAUGAAAUCUACAUGCAACACAGCUUGCUCUUUGCUGAUAGUCUCAACGAUCUGAGAAAUAUAAGAAAGCAGUUGUAUUCAGCUGCAGAGUUCUAUGAAGACUCUUAUCACAGAAAUGAUCAUGAUCAAUUAUUGUUAGAAAGCUUAAAAGAUUAUGUGUCAAAAGCUCUGAUUAGUACCAUUGACCAUUUGGGGUCUGUGACAUCUAAAGUUAAUGGUUUCUUGGAUGAUAAUAUUGAGGAAACUUUUGAAACAAAUCUUCGAGUAGUAUGCAUUGAACAGAGAUUACAAACAUGCCAGACAUAUAGCGACCACGAGGGUCUUUCACAACAAUCGUUGGUGAUACAGAUACCCAAGUACCAUAAGCAGUACCUGCUCCCAGAAGGACGUUUUUCUGAAGCUGUUCAAGCAGAAAAUGCAAAGGCCGAAUCAUCAGGUUUGAGAUCCUUGCACAGGAGAGAACACAAGGAACGAACUUCUAGUGAGUUCCCACCAGGUUUGGUUGCAUUUUCAUUCACAAAGGCUGCGACAAACAAAGGAUUAGAAAAACGAUCACGAUCUAUGUCACCAAGUCGAUUCAGAAUCAGGCGUCCGGGAUCCACUGCUAAUCAAUUAGCCAGUCCAAUUGUUCCAGUCAUGCAUUCUGGAUCCAUGGUUCAUCGAUCCAUCGGUCCAAAUACACAGAAACAUACACUGGUUCCACGUAGGUCACAUUCGUUGUAUCCUGAAAGAGAAAGAGGAAAAGAUAUCGAGGUUUACACCAAGAAAACUAGAAACCUUUUCAAAGUGUUGCUUAGCAGACACAAGUCAAAGAACGAUACCUCACUGUAUAGAUAGUAUAUAUGCAUAUUGCCAGAAACUGAGAAACAUAUCAUAUCCACUCAGGGCUACUUUAUUCCACCAUUGUCUCUUUUCUUCACAAGUGACAACCGAUAUAUGUUCAAGAAAAUUUUGUAGUAGUUCGUUCAUCAAGUGCAUCUGCGUGCUACUUCUUACCCACAAGUUUAAUAACAUAAGUGAUUCUUGCU